AAGCUCUUACCUGUCGACACGGACAAUAUGGAUUGGAGGAGCCCGGAGAGUGGCGUGCCCCUUGCCCAAUAGCCGAGGAGAAUACUUUCCGCAAGGCGGAGCUUCAAGCUGAGGGUCGCUGAAGUGCCACUAUCAGGUGGAUGGAUUUAUACUGAACAGUGUGUCCAGCCAUGUUCCCAGAGUUAAUUAUUCUCCAGAAGGUGGCCGUGAACAGAAAAGAGAGCAACAGAGAACUCCAGCAAACCUCCGGGCUCAGCAGAAACCCUGGCAAGCGCCUGCCGCUCAAGUGCUCUGACAGCUGCUGGUUCCCUGCCUCUCUCUCUCUUCUUUCUAGCACAUUGGUGCCACUACCCCUCUUCUCACAUUUACUGUACACUGGGAUCUAAAGGCGGAACUGCUACAGGCACCUUCUCUCCGACGUUAGAGGCACAGCUCUGAAAUCGCAAUGGCAGGAAAGGGCUACGGCUAUUAUCGGGUGGUGAUAUUCACUGCCAUGUUCAUUGGCUACACCCUGUACUAUUUCAACCGAAAAACAUUCUCGUUUGUGAUGCCUUCAAUCAUGGAAGAGAUAAGCCUCGACAAAGAUGACUUGGGUCUCAUCACCAGCAGCCAGUCUGCAGCUUAUGCCAUUAGCAAGUUCAUUAGUGGGAUCCUUUCUGACCAAAUGAGUGCCCGAUGGCUUUUUUCCUCUGGCCUCCUGUUGGUGGGCUUAGUCAAUGUGGUCUUCUCUUGGAGCUCUACCGUCCCCAUCUUCGCAGGGUUGUGGUUCCUCAAUGGGCUGGCCCAGGGCCUAGGGUGGCCCCCAUGUGGAAAAGUACUGCGCAAGUGGUUUGAACCUUCCCAGUUUGGGACUUGGUGGGCCAUCCUCUCCACCAGCAUGAACCUGGCAGGAGGGCUGGGCCCCAUUGUGGCAGCUCUGAUGGCGCUGAGCUAUGACUGGCGCACAACUCUGGCCCUUUCCGGCUCUGUGUGUGUGGUCGCCUCCUUUGUGUGCCUGCUCCUGAUUAAGAAUGAGCCCUCGGACGUGGGACUGCCCAACAUUGAGCCUGGGCCCAAGAAAGGGAAAAAGGGUUCAUCAGCAAAUGAAAGCACACUGGCUGAGCUGCUGCUUUCUCCAUACCUCUGGGUCCUGUCUACCGGCUACCUGGUUGUCUUUGGUGUGAAGACAUGCUGUACAGACUGGGGGCAGCUAUUUCUCAUCCAGGAAAGAGGACAGUCUGCACUUGUGGGAAGUUCCUACAUGAGCGCCUUGGAAGUUGGGGGCCUGGUUGGCAGCAUUGCAGCUGGCUAUCUUUCAGACCAAGCAGUGGCACGGGUGGGCCUGUCAAAUUAUGGGAACCCUCGACACAAACUUCUUCUCACCAUGAUGGCAGGCAUGUCGGCUUCUAUGUACCUCUUCCGGGUCACAGUCACAGCCAACUCUCCUAAGGAAAGCGACUAUUGGAUUCUAGCCCUCCAUCCUCUUGCUAACCUUGUGGGCUUAACAGAACACGAGUUAUGGAUCCUGCUGUUAGGAGCUAUCUUUGGAUUUUGCUCUUAUGGGCCAAUUGCAUUGUUUGGAGUAAUAGCCAAUGAGAGUGCGCCGUCAAACCUGUGUGGAACUUCUCACGCCAUUGUUGCACUAAUGGCAAAUGUUGGAGGGUUCCUGGCUGGGCUACCUUUCAGUACCAUCGCCAAGCACUACAGCUGGGGAACAGCCUUCUGGGUAGCAGAAAUUACCUGCACGGUCAGCACAGUAGUGUUUUUCUUCUUGAGGAACAUCCGCACAAAGAUGGGCCGUGUACCAAAGAAGGCUGACUAAAGCGCAGCGGUGGCUUGGCUGUUGGAGGAGCCCCCCACUGCAACCAUGGGUUUU